UCUUCCUUUUUUCUUCUUCUCCUUCUUCUCCAUUUUGUACUUUCGCAACAAAAAAUAUAUCCUAGAAAUGAAGUACCUUGCUUUCUAUAUGUAUGGCUAGCAACGUCCGAUUCUUUUAUUAGCUGAAAUAAGGAACUGGGCUGGUUACAGUUUUUAAUGAGAUGGGUCAAGGCUCUUCUUCUUCUUGUAGCAAUGAGAUCUGCAAGCAAACAGCUGACAGCCAUUCCAUUGUCAUCAGCAAGAAACAUGACGAUCUAACACUGUCCCUGCCCGACGAAUGCCUCGCCACAGUGUUUGGGAAUCUUGGUUCUCAUGACAGGAAUUCUUGCUCUCUGGUUUGUAAGCGAUGGAUGGUUGUGGAUUCCAAGUCCAGAUACCGCCUUGUCUUGCUUGCUCCUUGUGAGAUGUCUCCUUCUCUACCUGCCUUGCUUUCUCGGUUUAGUUCUGUCUCUGUUCUCUCCCUCAAAUGUUCUCGCAAGCUUCUCAGUAUUGACGAUCAUGCCUUGUCUCGCAUUCCUAUCUUUCUUGCUUCGCUCAAGAAACUCAAACUCAAGGGCUGUAUUGAUAUUUCUGAUGAUGGGUUGCAAGCAUUUUCCCUGCACCGUCCUCCUUUUCUCUCGAAACUCUCUUUUGCUUCAUGUGGUUUCGGUGCCAGAGGUCUUAACUCUCUUCUAACCAAUUGCCCUUCUCUACAGCAUCUCACUCUUAAGCGUCUUCGCAAGCUCGAUGCCCAUAAUGAUGCUAUUGUUAUUGGGAACAAAAAUAGUAAGGUUAAGUUGGAGCGUCUCUGCCUAAAGGACCUCCACAAUGCUCGCAUUUUCAUCCCUCUUCUCUCUGUUUCUGUUACAACCUUGAAAACCCUCAUCGUUUGCAGGAGCUCUGGUAAUUGGGACAAGGUCCUUCAGAGUCUCCAAGCAAGAAUCACUUCCAUUUCCGAGAUCCAGAUGGAGAAUGUUCAGAUGGGUGACGCAGGCCUCAUUGCCAUCUCUUCAUCUUGCCCUUAUCUCCAAGUUCUGCAGCUCAGCCGCACCACAGAUUGUACAGACGACGGGUUGUCUGCAGUUGCAAAUUCUUGCAAGAAUCUCAGGAAGCUGCAUAUAGAUGCGUGGAGCAGGUUCGGAGGCCGGACUAUUGGGGAUGAAGGGUUAUUAACCAUAGCCAAUCAUUGCUUCCGAUUGCAAGAACUAGUCCUCAUGGGGGUUCCUCUAAGUAUUUCCUCUCUUACUGUCCUGGCUUCCAACUGCCGGGGACUGGAAAGACUAGCUAUUUGUAACACCGAUUCAGUUGGGGAUCUUGAAAUGGCAUUGAUAGCAGAAAAAUUCUCUGCCUUGAAGAAGCUCUGUAUCAAGAACUGCCCCAUCUCGGAACCUGGAAUUGAAGCCAUUGGGAGUGGUUGCCCCAACCUGGUGAAGCUGAAGGUAAAAAGAUGCAGGGGGAUAAGCCAGGAAAGUAUAAAAAAACUGAAGAUGCAGAGAAGUUGGGUGGUGGUCUCAAUCGAUACAGGGUCGUUAAUGUUCCCAAGACUUGCGGAAGAAGAAGAGCAAGGGAAUAAUGGAAGCAUUAUAGCAUCGUCAACAAGAACAACACAUGUUUUCUGCAGCAGCAAGGGUGCUCUCUUCCUCAGGUCUAGAUUCGAAAAUGCCCUUCAACUUGGCAGGGGAUACUUGAGGAGAACGCCCAAUUAAUGCCUAGAUUUUUGUUUCUGUUCAAGUCUUUCUUUCUAAUUCUUUUAAUUUUCAAGUGUGGUAAUUUGUUAGUGAUAUCUGCAAAUAAAUCUGGAAAUGAGAUUUUUUGUUUUUUAAAUUGGAAUUUGAUCUCAAUAUUUUAAUUUUGAAGAUGAUUUCAAUAUAAUUUUUAGCUUAUU